AUGACUAGUCAUGGCUUCUCUUCAUCCUUUGUGGAGACCCUAGCGGGAUUCACAGCAGGAGUCGCGUCGACUCUCACCUUGCAUCCACUGGACAUGGUCAAGACAAGGCUACAAGGCGAGUCUCGCUCACUUCAUUCCAUUCGCAUCGUCCGCGAGGUCUUUCAUCGUGAGGGCGGCUUUGCCGCCUUCUAUCGGGGACUCACCCCAAAUGUGAUAGGAAAUUCUACGAGCUGGGGUCUGUACUUCUUGUGCUACAGCAGUUUGAAAGAAACUGUGCGGGAGUACCGCGAGCAAAGGGGGCAGAUCCUCUUGUCGUCGGACUACUUUCUGUCCUCCGGUGGUGCAGGUGCCCUCACCUCGGUGCUCACUAACCCGGUCUGGGUCAUCAAAACCCGUAUGCUGUCCACAGGCUCUCAGGCCCCCGGCGCAUAUUCCUCGUUUGUAUCCGGGGCAAGGCAGAUAUACCGCGCGGAAGGUAUCCCCGGCUUUUAUCGGGGCUUGGUGCCUGCUUUGUUUGGAGUCAGUCACGGGGCCCUUCAGUUCAUGGCGUAUGAGCAGUUGAAGCUCCUCAGGUCGCGGUCGAAGGAAGCUGAAUCGUUGGGGCAAGGGCGAACUGUCGAUCGACGGUUAAGCAAUGUGGAUUUCUUUGCCAUUUCCAGUCUUUCAAAGGUGUUUGCAGGGAGUGUUACCUAUCCUUAUCAAGUGAUCAGGUCCCGAUUGCAAACCUACGAGGCCCGAGUAGUCUACCGCGGGGCUUGUGAUGUCCUCUCUCAGGUAUGGACUCGGGAGGGCCUGGCGGGCUUUUACAAAGGUCUCGGGCCGAACCUGUUCCGUGUCCUCCCUAGUACUUGGGUGACAUUCUUAGUAUACGAAAAUACAAAGGGCUAUAUCUCUAGUCUUAUAUGA